CAGCAUCAAUGACAUCAUUCAUGUAGGGCAAGGGUGAGGUUGGGCGAGAGCUGAGCUGGGAAGAGGUGGCACGAGGAAUGCUUUUGGAUUGCUGCAACGCAGGAGCUUGAUUCUUCGUGAUAUCCAAACAUUUUAAGCACAGUUUUCCCAUAAUGAAGUUCUUUGUUGGACUGUUUCUAUUGGUCUGUUGCGUGACUCUUAGUUUAGGGGUUGAACAUUAUGGGAUGAGAUUGUCCUCUGCAGGUUCAGCUCUCAAAUGCUAUAAGUGUGAGGAUUACACUGGGGCCCGAUGCUCGACACAGCAAACGUGCUCGUAUGAGGACGCAUGUUUAUAUCUCCAUGAGAAAGGUGGAAAAACCUUUCGCAGGUGUAUUCGUUACACCGACUGCGAAAACUCUCGUCUGUCGCAGAAGUUCCCGUCGAUAUCACAAUCACAAUACACAUACAGAUGCUGUAACACAGAUCUGUGUAACGGCGCUCCAGUGACGGCGGCGCGCGCGUCGAUCAUCCCACUGCUGGCCGCGCUCACCGGCCUCUGGUGCUUCUGCUUUACUGCAUGAGUUAUGGUGCUGUGUGCUCGGAAGCUGUAUGUUCUCGUAACACUUAUAGAUAUCUACAGUCGUCGAUAUUUAGUGAACAUUUUGUUUGAACUAACGGCUUGAAUUUCGUUUUAAACAAGUUUAUUGUAAUACUAAUUUGUUUAUUGUAUCUUUAUUGUUUUCCGUGUCUUGUUUCAUAACUUUUUAUUUGUCUUUCUUUUUGGAUCACGUUGGCUGAUGUUAUAAAGAACGCAUUAAGAAUUCUCGAUUGUUUUCUAUGAAUUUGUAUUAGGUAAGCCUAUACUUUUACAUCAAUAAUAUAACUAUUUCAAA